UCAGGGGAGUGUCAUACCUGCACUCUCGGCGGGCAUUUUUUUCCAUUUAAUAACACAGACAUCGUUUUGGAGGUCAGGAAAAACGUUAUUGGAAGCUUGUUGACCUUGUGAAUGACACACAUGAACACAAGGACGAAGGAUGACAAACAUCAGACAGUAUUUUGUCAAGCACCUGAUCACCUUCUCUCUCCAGAGAGGAGACGUGAAGAGCGUGGAGGAGGCCCAGUCUCGUCUCCUCCUGCUGGCUCAGAGCAACAAGCUGUGGAGUCAACACAUGCUGCUGGAUGUCGGAUCUGAUGCCGUUUAUCUCAGAGAUAUACAGACUAAGGAGGAGCUGGAGAAGUACACCUUCACCUCCAUCUUCCGCUGCGAGUCCAUCAACUCGGAGGAGCGUUUUCCAUCCCUCCUUCUCCUCGUGUGCCAAAGCCCCAAUGAGAAGAAACCGGAUAUUCUCUUCUUCAACUGUGAGAACAUACAGGCAGAACAAGUCUGCAACAACAUCACGCAGGCUGUUUCCAAGUCCGGCCGGAGCAAGACCAUCCCCGAUCCAAUCAGGCUUUCCCACAACGGCGCAGACAUGAUUGACCCCUAUGGCAUUCCGAGCCCCCCCAUCGCGCACGCUCCCAAUGCCCCUCCACACAACCCCCCGCCUUACCCGGGACCGAGAGCCAACGGGGGCCCUGACAUCUCCUUGCUUCGAGCUGAGAGAGAAGUGGACAUCCUCAAUCACUGCUUCGAUGACAUCGAGAGCUUCAUGUCCAAACUGCAGCAGACUGCCGAGGCUGCCAUCGUGCUCAACCAGAGGAGGAAGAAGAAGAAAAGCAAAAAGCAGAGUGCGGAAGAAGAUCUACUCACCAUGAGGGCAAGGCCGCCACCCGAGGAGGAGUUUGUCGACAUCUUCCAGAAAUUCAAGUAUUGCUUCAGUCUGUUGGCCCGUUUGAAAUCAAUCAUCGCCAAUCCUUCCUCCGAGGAGCUUGUUCAUCACGUAUUUAAACCUCUGGAUAUGAUGGUGAAGACGACAGGGGGCCCGGCGCUGGCGGCCUCCGUGUCCAGCCCCGCCCUGACCGGCGCUGCCGUGUCCCUGCUACAAGAGAACCUGAACGUGGAGGAGAGGCAACUGUGGACGUCCCUGGGUCCCAAUUGGACACAUGCUCGCUCUGAGCUCAGAGGGCCCAUCGCUCCGUAUACGCCCGUGUUCCUCGACGGCUGGAAGCCCGACGCGUUCCGGGCGGACGGGCGGGUUUGGGAGGAUCCGGUCGAGUCGCAACACAAGCACGAGGCCCUCCGGCUCAAACAAGAGCAACAACAGCAACAGCAGCAGCAGCAGCAGCAGCAGCUGCUCAACAUCCACAUCGGUGAUGAAAUAGACACAGGAGGUCCCCCAGAGUUCGAAAAAGUCUACAGUUGCAGUUAUGACUUCAUUGCCAGGAACAACACGGAGCUUUCUGUGCAACAAGGGGAGACGCUGGAGGUGCUGGAGUCAUCCAAGCGCUGGUGGAAGUGUCGCAACCGCUUCAACCAGGUGGGCUUUGUUCCCUUCAACAUCCUGGAGCCCGUCACUCACGUGGAUAGUCCCGUCGCCAGCAGGCCCCCCACCAUCCCCCAAGCUCCGCCCCCGCCCCCACUCGCCAAGACUUUCACCCCAGCCGCACCCAGCCUGCCCACUCUGCGCCCAAACUCGACUGGGCAACGCAUGCCGCACAGCGUGCCCACCUACAACCAGCAUGCGUCGGCAACGGAGGACGACAAAGUCAUGUUAGUGAACGACGAGUUGCUCCAGAGGCUGACCAACGGAAAGGCCAUCAACAGCAAGCCUCUGAUCAUCCCUCGCUCGACGGAAACCUCCCUCCCCCUCGACUACCACUCCAACCCUGAGGAGGUGGCGUCGUGGCUGGCUGGCAAAGGCUUUAGUGAACCGACGGUGACAUGUUUGGGGGUCCUGACGGGCGCUCAGCUCUUCUCUCUCAGCAAGGACGAGCUACGCGAAGUUAUCCCCGACGAAGGCGCUCGGGUGUACAGCCAAAUGGCGGUGCAGCGCGCGCUGCUGGAGGAUGCUCGCAGGGCCACGGAGCUGGAGGCCGUCAUGGAGAAACAGAAAAUGAAGGUGGACCUGAAAUUGGAGAGCAGCACGCUGUGAGCGGAUGGCUCGCGGGAUGGACUUGGCAGCAUUGUUAUUUAGAAUAUCAGACAGUACAUACCUGGAAAUCGUGUGCGGCCGUGACACAAGCUUCCGCCUGUGAGAAUCACCGCGCCGCUGUGGUCGUUUGGACUUCAGUUUUGUAUUUCACACACGUAUACGCCGCUAACUUAUAACUGAGUAGAUGAAAUGCACAGCUUCAUUCAAAUACACUCACUCCUUAGGACAUUUUAGUUUGGACACCAGAUGCACUUGCCGGCGGAGCCCUGCCAUGAACCCAAUCUGCUCAAAAUCCACAACUACCCUGCGACUGGGUUAGCAAAACAACCCAAAAUGUCUUUGUGUGCGAGUGUGUGUCAGAAAUGACCAAAAUGCAACAUAUACUUUAAUAUGGUUUAAUUGUGAAGACUUUUUUUGAAAUGAAUCCCAGUAGAACCGGAUGAUGGCCUCAUGUAAAGCGACGAAGACGUUACAAUCUGUUUGCAUGUAAUUACAAAGCACGUCUGUUGCAUUGUUUUUGUUUUAAUGGCGUGUACACAUUUCUGCUUCACUUGCCAACACUAACUCAAAGGAA